CUCUUUGAGCAUCUACGCUAUAUGAUACAGUGAGUACGCAGUGGAGUGUGGAGGGAGGAGAACACAAAUCAUCCACAUUCUUAACAAAUGGCACUCUCUCUUUGUUCAUCCACUCGUAUGUCCUUCAACACCGCUCCUAAAACUGGACUUAUUAGUGAUAGAUUUACUAGUGGGAGAGUGAAUUGGAUUACGGAUGCCACCAACACUUCCAAUAAUGCUUCUUUCCAACCUUUAAAAGCUACUCCCGAUGACGACAAGAAGACGGUCCCGGCCGCCAAAGUAAAUAGCCUACUCUGUCAGGAUUGUGAGGGCAAUGGUGCUAAACAAUGCGGGCAAUGCAAGGGCACUGGAAUCAAUUCAGUGGAUCACUUCAAUGGACAGUACAAAGCUGGCAACUCUUGCUGGCUUUGCAGGGGGAAGAGGGAGGUCCUGUGCGGUAGCUGCAAUGGUGCUGGAUUUCUUGGUGGUUGGAUGAGCACAUUCGAGGAUUAGCUUAUGCAUCUUCGAUCUUCUUGAUUUUAGCGUAUCGUCGAUAACACAGCCAACAGCGAUAUGUAGUGCAUUGAGUAUGUUAAUUACUUGUACUUGUUCAACAGAUCAAUUUUAUCCUUUGAUCCAACCAUCUAUUUUAUGAUACACCUUUCUUGUUUGGUGAAAA